AUGGACAGUAUCGACCUCGAACUCGUGCGUUGUUGCCGUAUCGCCCUCAACCUCGUCGUCGACACUCGCAACAUGGUCCUCAACAUCAGGCCACUCGUCUCAGCGCCUUUGGCUGGCUGCUGCACGGUCCUCUCCGUCUUUGGCUUCAUUAUCCUCUUUGCUUUCGGAUCCUUCUAUGCGCGUCACGCAGCCGCCCUCACCGAGUCGACCGCCGACCCCAAGAACCCAGACUUUGUCGCCAAGGUGUGCUACACCGCCGCCUUUGUCUAUGCCGCCUUUGUCGUGUUCUGUGGCCUACAGCUCACCGUUCACCAGCGUUACCCUCGAGGAGUGCAGCUGUAGAUGUUAGAGAGCCUUCAACCCAAUGCAUUUGUAUUCUAAUGGAC